AUGGCAAAUCUUCUUGACAAACUUUUCAAAGACUUUAAUACUUUGCUUGAAUCGGAUAGUGAUCAAGACGUUAUUUUGAAAAUUGGAAAAUACCCAGACCAGAAGAAUUUUAAAGCCCAUUCUCUAAUUCUGAACAUAAGGUCAUCACAUUUUCGUUUAGAAAUUUCGAAAAGUUUACUAGAUAAUAAACCCAUAACUAUCGAAGAACAAAAUAUUUCGCCCAAUGUAUUUGAAAUUAUUUUGAGAUACUUAUAUACUGGGAUUAUUAACUUGGACGAAUUAUUAUUAAUGGACACCAUUGACCUUUUAUCGGCGGCACAUGAUCUAAGUUUGAAUGAACUUUCUACUUAUAUUCAGGAAUUCUUGAUUGAAAAAAAAACUAGAUGGCUUCGCGAAAGUUUUGUAGUCAUACUCAACACUUAUUUUCAACAAGAAUCAUACCCCAAACUAGCUCGAUUCUGUGAGAAACACAUCAUAUCGAAUGCUUUGGAAAUUCUAACAUCCGAGGAUUUAAAUUUUUUGAAUAGAGAAGUUCUGAAGCUCGUAUUAAAAGCUGAUUUCCUCGCAGGAGAAAUUAGCGAAGUCGAAAUUUGGAUGAAGUUAGUUAAGUGGGGGAUUUCAAACGCUUUACCUACAGAUAUUAGUUGUGAUAUUUUAAAUAUGAAUUCGUCACAAAUUGAAAGCUUGAAGGAGGCUUUGAAUGAAUUGAUUCCCUUAGUUAGACUUUUCCACAUCACCCCUGAAGAAUAUUAUCAAUUUAUCCAUCCCCAUAAAAAAAUAUUGCCUAAAGAAUUAAAAAAAGAUUUGAUAGGAUACUACAUUUCUAAUCAAAGAACGCGAAGCCCUAUUAUACCACCUAGAGUCUGUUCUGUUACUCUUACAUUCGAAGCGGCUCUUAUAAUAAAAAAUUGGAUAAAGAGUAAUGCUGAUCAGCUGUCUUCACCUGAUAUCGAUAUUUUGGAUGAACACAACGGAAGAAUGGGUUGGAAGCUAAUUCAUAGAGCAAGCCGCGACGGGCACCUUUUAUCAGAUUCCCUUAGUAAAUAUAAUAAUAGUUCGUUUGUUAUAGCAAUUAAAAUUAAGGAUCAACAGGUCAUAGUUGGAGGUUAUAAUCCAUUGAUGUGGUACGAAAACAAUAAUUUAUUUGUGGAGAAUGUUCGCACGAAAGAAAGUUUUAUAUUCCAAUUAGAUACAUUGGAAUUGAAAAAAUCAAAAAUAUGCCGCGUUCGAAAAGAUAAAUAUAGCUCAAUUACGAAGACACUUAGUUCUUUUGCUACUGAAGUUUUAUCCAGGCAUUUACCCGUGCAGGAUUUAAUUAUUCGACGUAAUCCAGAGUUCAAAUAUUAUUGCAAAACUGGUGGGACUUACGAAGAUGGGAUCAAUGUAGGUAAUUUUUACGCAGAAGACUACGAAGUUUUUCAAGUUUGUGCAAACUAA